UGGAACGCGAACUCGCAUCGCCGAAUAUUUUUCCGGAAAUCGUAGCUUAACAAUCGCGGAAAAGCUCACGGGUAAGCUACGGAGUCGGCGCGAAAUGACAACAAGAGUGGGGGGCAGUAACCUCCGGCACAGCGCGCGGGGAGGUUGUGUCGCUUCUCGGCCUAAACACAUCGCGACAUCUCGGAACUAUGAAAUGAUUUAAGACUUUUAAAAGGAAUAAAGUUCUUGCAAGUGCUAUUAAAGUGAUAAUGGGCAAUGAAACCGUAAAUAACUAUGUUUAAGUGUCGAUACGAAGUGCGAGGCGACGGUAAUCAGUAUGGUCGCGGGUGCAAUUAAAGCAGAUAAACGAACAUGCAACCAGUUCGGGAUCGUGCUUUUGUAUUUUUUACUCGUACUUCUUUGUGUUACAAAUGCCCAAAGCCGAGCCCCGCGGAUCAAGGAGCACCCGGCGGACACGAUUGUGGGCCGCAGCGAGCCCGCGACGCUGCGGUGCGUGGCCGAGGGCAAGCCUAAACCGACCAUCCAGUGGUACAAGGAUGGGGUGCCGCUUGCGCCUACGGACCACCCUCAUAGAGUAUUGCUUGAAGAUGGACUACUCUUUCUUAGGGUUAUGCGGGGCAAGAAGGAAAACGACGAGGGCGUGUACUGGUGUGUGGCACGGAACUCCGCCGGGGAGGCGGUCAGCAAGAACGCUACACUUACCAUAGCUGUCCUGCGCGAUGAGUUCAGAACAGAGCCCCGAGACGUGAAGGUGGCGGGAGGCGAGCCGGCGCUGCUGGAGUGCCUGGCGCCCAGGGGCGCGCCCGACCCGUCUGUGCACUGGACCAAAGAAGGCCACGUGGUCGAUGUAGAUGUUAAUGGCAGAGUAUCAUUACUAGAUGGGAGUAAUCUCAAGAUCCUGGAAAGUCUUCCAUCAGAUAGUGGCGUGUAUCGGUGUGUCGCGUCGAACGUGGCGGGCGAACGCCAGUCGCGGCCCGCGACGUUACUCGUGUUACGCAGGCCACAUUUUCUAGUGAAACCCAAUAACAUAACUGCGCUGAUAGGCCAGAAUAUUGAAUUCCAUUGUCAAGCAUCACCAGAAUCCGACGUGUCAGUGACUUGGUCGCGAGACAGUGGAUCACUAUCGCCAUAUGCUAUAGUACGCCGAGGAUCCUUGAGGAUAGACAGGGUCGUAUCGUCAGAUGGAGGAACCUAUACAUGCCGAGCGGAGAGCCAGGCUGGAUCCAGCAGCGCUAGUGCCAUACUUACUGUACAUUCUCUACCUCAUUUCACUCGAGUGCCUUCCGAUCAAACUGCGUGGGAAGGAGAAGAGGUUUCUUUUUCAUGUGAGGCUGAAGGUACCCCAAAACCCUUAAUUUUUUGGACAAUGGAAGGAUCUCAGGAAUUGGUGUUCCCAAAAGCUAGUCAUAAUUCUGGCACGUUGUAUAUAGAUAAAGUGUUGAUUCGACAUGCCGGUAGACUAACUUGCGUAGCCGUUAGUGAGGCAGGGAGUUCCUUACAUACCGCCACUUUGCAGGUAUUAAGAAGAGAAGCAAACUCAUUUAACACUGAGCUAGAUUCUUCGACUCCGUACACAGAAUUGAGUAAACCACAAAACCACCCAGCGAUGACACAGUACGAGUUAGUUCAAGCACGUCGGUACUUACAACAAGAUGUUCUUACUUUGAGACGAGUUGAAGGAAUAUCCGCUAAUACGCUGAAAAUUGUUUGGGAAGUUAUGACUGAUUACAACGAAUAUUUAGAAGGAGUUAAAAUCUGGUUCAACGGAACAUCUUUAAAUCAACCUCAUUUGAUGGAAUUUCAAAAUCCAACGUCAAAUACUUCUAUAAAAAAUGUUAUACAAUCAAGGUUCGGAAAUUUUUCAAUGACAACAGUUCACAACAGCGGAUCAUCUAGCCAUGUUUUAACUGGAUUAAUGCCUUACUCUCAAUAUGACGUGUUCAUAAUGCCAUUCUACAAACUGUUGCUGGGCAAACCUUCAAAUUUAAAAAGUGGCUUCACCGAUGAAGACGUGCCGUCAGCGCCGCCGCAGAGCGUUACUGCGGGAGUGAUUAAUGCUACGUCUGCUUGGAUUCGCUGGGAUCCACCUCCACCGCAUACUUGGAAUGGUGAACUGUCUGGAUAUCUAAUUGAGGUGCGCGUUGGAGGUAGUGCCGGAGGCCGCGUGGUGGGUCAGAUGUCCCUGGGCGCGCGCACGCGCGCGGCUGCGGCCAGCUCCCUGCGCGCGGGUGGGCGGUACAGCGCACGCGCGGCUGCGGUCACGCGCCGUGGCCACGGACCUUUCAGCGCGCCCGCGCAUCUACAUAUGUUACCAACGCAUACCCAAAGACAAUACGUCCAAACGGAACCGGCGAGAGACAAAGCAAUAUUGUCGAUGUUCCAAGAAACUUGGCUGCUGGCGCUCUGUUUAACUUUAUUAGUGCUAAUACUGGCUACUACCGGGACUGUUGUUUAUAUUAGGAGUCGUCAUUCGAAGCAAAGGAAAAGUCAAAACUCUACUGCUCUACUUCCAGGAAGCGCCAUAACUAACGCUCAACAGUGUCUGUUAGGUAAAGAAGCUGUAUGGCUUCGAGAAAGACCACUAUUUGAAGGCUCAAAUGAACCAAGAAUAGAGAUUUUAAACUGUCAUCAAAGCUUACUUCAUGGUGGCAGAUCGACGGGUACUAUGACAAUGGAAGCUGAAUACACUCUUCCACAACAGCAGAAUAAUAUUAGCACAAUGCCUCACGAAGAACAAAGAAGCGUCCCUCCAGAACCUUAUGCAUCGAGUGCAAUUUAUACAGAACUAAACUACCCUGUUCACAACGACGCAGAAGAUUCAUGUAUGAAAUGUGCAGUAAGUCCGGGAUCCUAUGACAACAGUAUGGUGAGAUCAUUGGCAGAAAGCAAUCAAUUUUCCAACGAAGAGUGCUCCACAUGUUGUCGAAGUAGUAGUUCGACUUUGACCAAGGACUACAGCGAGAUGACUAAAUGUGGAAACGAUGUUGAUGAAAUGCAAGAUAUGUCCAUAGAUGACUGCCCGUCAUGUAAGACACAUCAUUCCAGAUCCUCCAGUCAUCAUGAUGAAAAUAAAGAAUGGGCUAUGGCAGAAGUAGAAUAUGAUUAUCCUCAAUGGCAUUGGCUGGGUAAAGAGAACAGUUUUCGGAGCAAUGGCGAAGGUCUGAGAUACCCUACAGACGCUAGAAACGAUCAAAAUUGUAGGAUGAAUCUUUGUGAUAUCCUGCCUCCACCGCCAUAUGAAAGAGAGUCUCCUUAUCGAGAAAUGCACGCGUUUACCAAUCACUCAGGGGCAUCAGGUUGUUCAGGACAUACGUAUCGAAGCUAAUUUUGGUUAAGUAUUUAUUAUACUGUUAACAAAAUAUCACUAGAAACGUAAUUCAAGCAAUACUAAUUUAUAGAGAAAUGUACAUAAUAAUUUGUAUGAAAUAUCUGCAUAUAUGGGUUGAUAUCAAGGAGUGGAAUGCAUGAUUUGAUUGAAGAAACCACGUCUCCAAUAGCAACCGGUUCGAAAAAACAGAUUUGUUGUAACUGAUGAUUGCACAUUUAAAAAUAAGUAAGCUUGAAAUCUUUUAAUUAAUAACUUAAAGAUUUAAAUAAAAUUCCAAAAUUAACAGAACGAAAAGUAUAUAUAAUUAUUCCUGUUAUUGUAUUAAUUGACUGGUUUGAGGAAUGUAGCGAAUGUGAAUGUGUUUUUAAAAUAGACUGCUAUGUGACGUAACGUAGGUAUAGUUUUUCAUCUCUCUAGUGACUGUGAUAUAGUAUAAUUUUGGAUUUUUUUUGUUUUGUACAUAUUUUAAAAUGUUUGAUAUUCUUAUACAAUUUUAACAUUAUCUUAUUUAUUGUGUGUAGUGAAAUAUUAUUACAAAUGCGAACAAUAGCAAAUUUAGAGGAGCAUUCAUUUUAGACAGCAAUUUCGAAACAUUUUGUAAUAAAGAUAGAAGCUAUAACUUUGCAAUUUUAUAUGCAUAUUCAUUUGAUCUUGUACCAAAUUAGUUACGUCGUUAACCAGCUCGUAUUAAUAAAACAGUACAUUAUAAAUUUAGUUUUAUUUUAUCAUUUUCUACAAAAAACAUUCAGAUUUUUAUUUCCAAAAAUUAAAUGCUAUUUACAUUUUGAUAAAAGAAAAUAAUAAUCUUUCAAUUGACAACCUAGACGUUGAAUAAAAAAAGUGAAAUGCAUCUGUUAGCCGCAUGGGAAGUAAUUACCAUGACGAAUCAUCCAAGUUGCAGUAGAAUACGAUUUAUCUUCUUGAGCAUUUACGUAAAUAUAGUUUGAUACUUUUUUAUUUCACAAAAAUCUUCCAGAUGACAUUUUUAUGACAGUUCCAUUGAUCCAAUAGUAUUCACAGAUACGUUGGUUGUGUAUCCAAAAGCCUCGUAACAAUUAUAUUCCUAAUCAGCUUUUCUCGUAAAUAACUAAACACAUAUUAAUGCAGGCUACAUUCGCAGGCUGCGUCCGAAGGGGUGUUACCAUGGCAACGCGUUCACCCCAAGUGCACCCUUGUUAUUAAUACCCGUAAUAAUUAAACUUGAUUGCAUUUCACACCAGGUGUUAGAUGACGCCUCUUAUCAGUAAGAAUUAAGGCCAAGAGGUUAAGACGGUUAGAAUUGCAAAGAGUAGGUACUAAUCCAUGUUAUAUAAGUCGUGAUAUUAUUGAUAAUUGUGACAAAUUAUAUUCAGCAGCGUCAUUUUGAUAUGAAAAUUAUUUCAAGCUAUAUAUUAUAUAUUAUAUAUUUGCGAUACUGUCCGAAGGCUAAGGUGUUGGCUAAGUAUCAGAUACCGUUAUUAUGCCGAACGUGGAAGACCGCGCGAAAAGGUGUUUUCAUGCAAACGUAGUCCCCAUUUUCCUCUCUAGAAAUAUAUUAACUCAAUUUAAUGUUUAUUAACCAUAGCUAUCGUUUUUUUUUGAGUUUUUAUUUAAUUUAUUUUAUAAGGCGAAUGGCUUUGGUGAAUACGUACAUCAAAUCGUGUAAAAAUAUUUUCCAUAAUAGCAAUAUCCAAAGAGAAAAAUGGGAACUUUGUUUGUAUGGAGAAGCGGUCGUCCACUAUCCAUUUAAUACAAGUAAUAUGUGUGUCUAGUAUGCGUCAAUAUCUUGGAGGAUUUAACAACUGGAGACGCCUUUAAGAGCUUACCCCUCUGUCGAAAAGCUCGGCCAAUGGUCAUGUAUUGUAUGGACUGACGUUUAUCUGACAUGGCUAUUUGUACGUUACGUAGAAAUAGCCAUACAUUUGACGUGCCCUCCCCCGCAAAAAUUUGUACUGUUUUGUACAGAAAAUUACAGUCAAGGCGUCUCCAGUUUUUAAAUCCUCCAAGCGU